AUGAAAGUUAUCAAGAGACAUCGAUCUAUCAAGUCGUGCAAGUAUUGCUACGAACACAAGCUUAGGUGCUCGAGAGGGCGGCCAUGUACGAAUUGUAGAAGACAUGGGAAGGUGGCUCUUUGUAUUUAUGGAUUUGACAAGGAAGUAAAGAAACCCCGACCAACUACACAGUCCACUUUCAAACUAGACAAUCGAGACUUGUUCGCUAAGUCAGCAACCAGGAAUGCACCCGUAACUACACCCGAUGAUCCAGGUCCCUAUUAUCCUUUUCUGCAAGAGACUCAACACGUCAGGUCUUCAGGAUUAGAUCGCUGCAAUUCUGCGAGGAGUAGUGAUAUGAAAAGGAAUGCUAUCGCUGGCUUUGACAAUGUUGGAGAAGCUAAAAUGUCGAUGGAUGCAAUCUUAAACAUGGUGCCCGAAAGUAAAGCGUCUAUGAGUUUGUUGGUAGACAAUUACUUCUUUCGCAUAAAUCCAAUUAUACCCAUUCUGGAUCGAGAUUCGACUUUGUCACAGGUAAAUUCCAUUUACGAGAGACACCGAUCUGGAAAAGAGGUUGCAGCAUGCGACUGCAUUAUCAUGUUCACUAUUUUAUUCACAGUGGCGUACGCACACGUUGCAGAAGGACAGAUACCCGACCUUCUUCUUUGCAACAAGUACUAUGCGGCUUUUCAGACACUGCUAAUUCACGACUCAUAUCCUUAUAGAACUUCAAUCUCCGCCGUACAAGGCGCGUUGAUCGUCAACUUUGUACUGGAUCCGAACAUGACAAGUACCGUUGCACUGUCGGUAGUUCUUCUGCGACACGUUCAGAAAUUGGGCAUUCAUAAGCAGGCAAGAUCACUUUCUGGCGGUGUCCCUCGCGACCAAAUUCAGUUACAAGCAUUAUGGCAUUUUGUUCUUUAUUUUGAAGGAUCCUCAUCGGUAGUCGCUGGGCUCCCGUUUAUGCACACAGAGCAACUGUUUGAAUGUGUGAAUUUGCCCGAAACUGAAUUAAGUGCUGCUCCAGCUCAUAUGGCGUUCGCUAAUGGAAGAUUUCUCAUAAAUCAAAUGUUUCGAUUAAUAAUGCUCUGGAAAGAUACGGACACCUUGCCCGUGGGCGACGCUCUUGUCACUGUGCGUGAAGGCUUUAAAAAAUUGAGUGACAAGGUUGAAGAGUUUUGUGUCAAGAUCGAAAAUCUGAACAAAGGGGAGGCAGUGUAUUUUGUGAGCACUUUGAGAAUCUUUCUGUUGAGAGCCUACCUUAGAUUUGAAGCUCUUUUUCCUGCUAACGUGGUAAGUCCUCGGCCAAUUCUGGAGAUUAAUGACCAAGAUUCAAAUUCCUUGCAAGACAUCGAUCAGGUUUUACACUAUGGUACCACAAUGAGCCAAGAAACCGUAAAACUCUCCGCGCUGCUGUUAUUUUACACCCUAAGGCGUCUUAGUGUAGAAAAUUGCUCUAGAUUCGCGUGGUAUACAAAAGGUUCUACUGUGAUGCAGUAUCUCUUCAUCCUUUUGAAGGCCAUUAGUCAAAACCCAAGGGAAGCUUACGAUAUCAAUGUACUCAACUGCGCGCCUUCGGUUGUCACCUCAGAGGAUAUUGCGGAGUGUGCACUCAUCGAUCCUGUGAACUUUAAGUACGUUCUUGUGGAAGAGCUUUUCAGUCUACUAGAAAUUAGAAUAGCUCCGCUAUGGGAAGAUCGCGAUCUUGAUUGUUUCCUACUUUUACGGUCGGUCAAAAAUAGAGUGUGGGAGCUAAACAAAGAAUACAUCGACAGCGUCAAAUCAAAUGUCGAAUCCUUAAGAGCAUGUACUUUGUUUCGUGUACACCAAAUUGAAAAUCGAACAGAGGGCCUGCAAAGUCCAGGGAGGUACACAGAGCAGUGGGAUUUUGGAGAUAGAAACAUUGAUGCUGAGAAUGUCAUGAGAUGGCUGUCAGAGCUAUAA